AUGGCUGCAAAGACUAUUCGAGCCGGAUUGUUGAUUGCGCUGCUCUUUGCAGUCAGAGCAGGCGCAGACGAGGAAGUAGAAGUUGAAGUCCAGACCGAUGACCAGAUUUUGGAGGAGAAUCGGCAGCGAGACGAGGUGACGGAAACCUCGACAGGUUUGCAGUACGAGGUGUUGAAAAGCGGCCCGGCCGACGGAGCUCACCCUGAAGCGCAGUCGAAGAUUGCCAUGGACCAAUUUUUUGUGGCUUGUUGA